AGCAGAACCCCCCCCUAAGGAUGUGUUUGAUCCAUUAACGAUUGAAAGCAAAAAAGCAGCAACUGUGGUGUUAAUGCUUAAUUCUCCAGAAGAAGAAAUUUUGGCUAAAGCUUGUGAAGCCAUUUAUAGAUUUGCUUUAAAAGGGGAAGAAAACAAAGCUACACUCCUUGAACUUGGAGCUGUGGAACCUUUAACCAAACUGCUCACCCAUGAAGACAAAACUGUAAGAAGAAAUGCCACCAUGAUAUUUGGAAUCCUGGCUUCUAAUAAUGAUGUUAAAAAACUGUUAAGGGAGCUAGAUGUCAUGAAUUCCAUCAUCGCUCAGCUUGCUCCAGAAGAAGAAGUAGUCAUUCAUGAGUUCGCCAGUCUUUGCCUGGCAAACAUGUCUGCAGAGUACACCAGCAAAGUGCAAAUAUUUGAGAAUGGCGGGUUAGAGCCACUCAUCAGACUGCUGGCCAGCCCAGACCCUGACGUGAAGAAGAACUCUAUUGAGUGCAUUUACAACUUGGUCCAGGAUUUUCAGUGUCGAACUACACUUCAGGAACUAAAUGUGGUCCCCCCCAUAUUAGAUCUCUUAAAGUCAGAAUAUCCAAUCAUUCAGUUGUUGGCUCUCAAAACCUUAGGUGUUAUUACGAAUGACAAGGGGGCUCGAGCGAUGCUGAGAGACAAUCAAGGAGUGGACCACCUUAUUAAAAUCCUAGAAACGAAGGAAUUGAAUGACCUUCAUAUAGAAGCACUUUCCGUGAUAGCCAAUUGCCUUGAAGAUAUGGAUACUUUGAUACUGAUUCAGCAGACGGGGGGUCUUAAGAAGCUCCUGUCCUUUGCAGAAAAUUCUACAAUUCCUGAUAUUCAGAAGAAUGCAGCAAAAGCAAUUACUAAAGCAGCUUAUGAUCCUGAAAUUAGAAAACUUUUUCACGAACAAGAGGUUGAAAAAUGCCUGGUGGCCCUUUUGGGUUCUGAAAACGAUGGAACUAAAAUUGCUGCUUCCCAGGCUAUUUCGGCAAUGUGUGAGAAUUCAGGCAGCAAGGAAUUUUUCAAUAACCAGGGGAUUCCGCAGUUAAUCCUGCUACUCAAGGGUGACAAUGAAGAAGUGAGAGAAGCUGCCUCCCUCGCCCUGGCCAAUCUAACCACGUGCAAUACCGCCAACGCCAACGCUGUUGCUGAAGCCGACGGUGUCGACCCUUUAAUAAACAUCCUGUCCAGCACACGAGACGGCGCGGUCGCCAACGCUGCUACGGUGCUGGCGAACUUGGCAAUGCAGGAGCCGCUGCGCGUGAACAUCCAGAACCACGACGUCGUGCGCGCCCUCAUCGGGCCCCUGCGCUCCGCGAACACCGUGGUGCAGAGCAAGGCGGCGCUCACCGUUGCGGCAACUGCGUGCGAUGUGGAGGCCCGGACCGAGUUAAGAAAUUCAGGGGGCCUGGAGCCGCUGGUCGAGCUCCUGCGCUCGAAGAACGAAGAAGUAAGAAGGCACGCCAGCUGGGCCGUGAUGGUGUGCGCCAACGACGAGCUCAUGGCUGUUGAAUUAUGCAAGCUUGGGGCUUUAGAUAUCCUUGAAGAAGUUAAUCUAUCAGUAAGUCGGAAAAAUAAAUUCAGUGAGAUGGCUUAUAACAAAUUGCUCAACAAUAACCUAUCUCUGAAAUAUAGCGUGACUGGCUAUUUGUCUUCGAGUAACAUAAUUAGUGAUGGAUUCUAUGAUUACGGUCGGUUCUUAAAUUAUCUACAGAUAAAUCCUGGCACCAAACUUUUGCCUUUGAAGGAUCUCUGCUUACAAGAACCCAGUGAUCAGCGUGCUGUGCUCUUAGUUAACAGUAAAUCUUCUGAUGUUUCUCCACCUCCAUCUACAGAAGAUAAAUCAUCAGAUGUUGGUUAUGGACGGAGUAUUUCUUCUUCAUCUUCUUUAAGAAGAGCAAGCAAAGAAAAGAGCAAUUAUCAUUUUAGUACCGGCUUUGGAUCUCCCACAGAAGAGAAAUCCGAGCCUCCUUCUGGACGAAACACUGCUGUUAGCAAAGGCACCACUAAAGAAAAAGGAUCAAGGAAAGUCCGAGGGAAAAAAGAAGAGGAAAAGGUGAAGGAGGAAGAAGAAGCUUCAACAUUACCAAAAUUGAUGGGAGAAGGAAGCCCUGAAAAAGAAUGGUACCCUCCCUUCGAUCCUGACUUCUGUGUUUACGUGUAUGAAGUGACCAAAUCCAUAUUUCCCAUAACCAAUAUUAAGGAACAGAUUGAGGUCCUUGCAAAGUAUGUGGCAGAGAAAAUGGGUGGUAAAAUUUCAAAGGAGAAACUACAUGAUUUCAGCUGGGAACUUCAUAUAAGUGAACUAAAAUUUCAACUUAAAUCCAAUGUUGUACCCAUUGGACAGAUCAAAAAAGGAAUCUUCUACCAUCGAGCUUUGCUUUUCAAGGCUCUGGCUGAUAAAAUUGGCAUCGGCUGCUCGCUGGUUCGUGGGGAGUACUGCAGAGCUUGGAAUGAAGUUAAGUUGAUGAACGAAACUCCUAAGGGACUGAUUGGGGUGCUCCCACCUCCUGAGGUCUACAUAGUUGACCUCAUGUUCCAUCCAGGGGGGCUGAUGAAGUUAAGAAGUAGAGAGGCAGAUCUUUACAGAUACCUCUGAACUAGCAAGUGGCCAAGCAGGGGUGCACACGAGAAGUUCAUUACAUACGCUUUCUGUGAAGUUCACCAAUUGAUUUUAUUUCUUUAAUUAAAGCAUUAGAAAUGUUCUCUCUGUGUAGAAAUGAGGACACUUGGAUUAAACUUGGUUGUGUUUCUAAUUUCAGUCUCUUGGCAAGAGCUCAGUCUGAUUAGAUCAUCUUAUGCUCGCUGUCCCUCACGUAAAGUUUAUUAUUGUCAAAAUUAAUCCACUGCACUGUUUCCUAAAGAGCCUCUCUGCCCUUUGGGAAUCACGUGUUAAAGCACCCAGCUGCCAUUCCCAGGACGAUACCGCGGCCUUGUGACUGUCAUUCUUCGUGCCCAGAAUGCUUUGGGAGCCCUUGGCUAAAUAAAUUCAAUGGUAUUUAAUGUC